AUGAAGUCGUUCCUUGUUGGCAUUGUUCUCGGCUUAUUUGCAUUUAAAUGUAUAUCAUCAUUAUAUGUUAAAGUCCUAAAGCCCCAGUCUACAAAAACAGGACCAGAGAGAGCUUUACUUGUGGCCCCGGGGGCCUACAUCAAGGGGGAGGCGUAUGAACCUCUAGGCUUACAAAUCAGGGAGACUUGUGACUUCCAGUUGUGGGUGGUACUUCUGUUGGAUUUCUUUGACAAUAUUGUCAACCCUCUCCAGUUAGGGGAGGCCGUGAAUAAGGCGAUACAGUCACUGAAAGAUGAGGGAUUUACAGAUGGGAGUCCUGUUUUCCUGGCAGGCCACAGUCUGGGAGGUACCAUGGUAGCUAUGCAUGGAAAGAACCACUACAAAGAUCUUUCUGGUGUUUUGCUAUAUGCAGCGUACCUCACCAAGGGUAACAAACUUAGUGAUUAUCCUGUCCCAGUUCUGACAUUGUCUGGUGACCUUGACGGACUGACCAGGAUCACACGCAUCAUGGACACUUUUCAAGAGCUAUAUGAAGAUGUUUCGUCCAAUAUGAAGGCCAAAUACCGUACUCCUGUCUUGGUGAUGGAAGGGGUAAAUCACGGUCAGUUUGCUUCUGGCAAGAUGCCAAGUAAUGUUGCAGAACACGAUCUUCCUCCUGAUGUUACAAAUGUCACAGCUUAUCAGAAAAUAGCAAGAUACACGUGUUCGUUUAUUUCCAACAUUGCAAGUAGCAGUGCAUUGUCACAGCAGGUCUUGGAUGAAGGAUUCAAUACCACUUUUCGUCUCCUAGAGCCACUGGCGCGAGUCAAAGCCCUCGAAACUAAUGGAUUCUCACAUUGGACAGAAUUAGCCCAGAAGUAUAUCAUAGAGCUGCAGAACAAAACUCAGAUCUCUGUCAGAGGGAUAGAAGAAAAUGGACAAAUGAUCAAGUUUGAAUUCCUCUUCCCAAAGGCUGAAGUUCACAAUUCCGCGGUGGCCAUUACUACCUACUCUCUAGUGACCUAUCCGUUAGAUCCUUUUGACGUCACGUUAAACCCUUUGUCACCGAUACAAAUUCAAGCUAAAAUGCUGUCUCAGGAGAGAGCGAAACACGUGCUUCCAAACGGACGGUAUGGUGCAGGAAAUAUCACGUGCAAAGAUAUUAAUCAGCUGAGCAUACUAGAGGCAUUUCAAAAUUCUUCCGAUGUUGCCCGAGAAAGGUUCUCUAAAAGAGGACGGCAAAUUUAUCUUGAUGAGGACCAGAUAGUUGAAAGUUCUGUCCAAUGGCAGGCUACACAGCUACGGCUCAGUGACGGGUCUGAUGGGCUUCAUGUCUCCUCUAUUAAGUACAAAUUGCCAUUUGAUCCAAUACAGGAGAGUAAGAGCGGGUUAUUUUACUGUGCCCUGUUAUCUCCUUUCCGGGCAAUGGAAUGGAUAUAUGUUGAUAGUAUGAGACUUAAAUCAUAGUUUGUUUUCUUUAAGGAUAUGU